UCCCCCGUGGCCGCCCGGCAGCAUGGCGGCGGCCGUGGAGACCCGCAGAGUCUGCGAGACCGCCGGCUGCAGCAGCGAGGCCAAGCUGCAGUGCCCCACCUGCCUCAAGCUGGGCAUCCAGGGCUCCUACUUCUGCUCCCAGGAAUGCUUUAAGGGAAGCUGGGCCACUCACAAGUUAUUACACAAGAAAGCAAAAGAUGAAAAAGCUAAGCGCGAAGUUUCCUCCUGGAGCCUGGAAGGCGAUGUUAACACAAAUCCCUGGUCUGGUUAUCGAUACACUGGGAAACUCAGGCCACACUACCCACUGACACCAACAAGACCUGUGCCAAGUUAUAUUCAGAGACCGGAUUAUGCUGAUCACCCACUAGGAAUGUCUGAAUCAGAACAAGCUUUAAAAGGAACCUCUCAAAUAAAAAUACUGUCAUCUGAGGAUAUAGAAGGGAUGCGAGUAGUGUGUAGGCUUGCUAGAGAAGUGUUGGAUGUUGCUGCCAUGAUGGUGAAACCAGGAGUAACUACUGAAGAAAUUGAUCAUGCUGUCCAUUUAGCUUGUAUUGCAAGGAAUUGUUAUCCUUCCCCUUUGAAUUAUUAUAAUUUCCCCAAGUCGUGUUGUACAUCAGUGAAUGAAGUGAUCUGUCAUGGAAUUCCUGACAGGAGAGCAUUGCAGGAGGGAGAUAUUGUUAAUGUGGAUAUCACUGUCUAUCGCAAUGGCUACCACGGAGAUCUGAACGAGACGUUUUAUGUCGGAGAAGUGGACGAGGGUGCCAGAAGGCUUGUCCAGACAACUUACGAGUGCCUAAUGCAAGCCAUCGAUGCAGUAAAACCUGGUGUUCGGUACAGAGAACUGGGGAACAUAAUUCAGAAACAUGCUCAAGCAAAUGGAUUUUCAGUGGUUCGGAGCUACUGUGGGCAUGGAAUCCAUAAGCUUUUCCAUACGGCUCCUAACGUGCCCCAUUAUGCCAAAAACAAGGCAGUUGGAGUCAUGAAGCCAGGUCACGUAUUUACAAUUGAACCAAUGAUCUGUGAAGGAGGCUGGCAGGACGAGACCUGGCCUGACGGUUGGACUGCGGUGACGAGGGACGGGAAGCGCUCGGCACAGUUUGAACACACACUGCUGGUCACGGACACAGGCUGUGAGAUCCUGACCCGGCGCCUGGACAGCAUUCGCCCCCACUUCAUGACCCAGUGAUAGUCCACACUGAGCAGGUGCAUCAGAAAGAGAAAUAUAUAUAUAUUUUUUGCCCCUGUACUAUGCAUUUUUUAAGAGUACAGAAUAGAAAGAUUUCACCAUUUACUUUGUUCUUGGUGAUUGUAGAUAAGAGGAAUAUCUCGAAGAACCUGACCCAAUGUCUGCAAAAGUAGAGAAGAAUUUAAAGAAUUUCCUGCUUUCCUCCUACCUACAACACUCACACUGUACUUUCCUUUUUUUCUUCAAUUAUCCCUUUAGCAGCUUUCUUCCAAUUAGACCCACAAUUGCUUCUGUUGCUGCCAUAUUAGCUAGAAAAGCAUUGGGUAAACUUUCCCACUGGGACUUGAUAUUUUGGGAUCCGGGUUUUUUCACUAUUUCAGUGUGCCCUGUCACUCUUGGUUUGUGAGUGGCACCUGAGAUUUUAGGCAUUUCUUAUUCCAAAGACUUGCUCUUGCUUCUGCAGAUACUGUUCUGGGCCUUGUUUGUUUAUCAGUUGAGAAGGGGGCAGAAGAAAGAAAUGCACCUACAAGAGCAGGCUACCUUUAAUUCUGCCCCCAUCUCUCUGCUGGUGGCUUCUGUGGUGAUUGCCACUGUGGAUGGCACGCUGUGUUAAUGGCAGGACUUGUUUCUCUUGCUGGAGAUUUGAUAGGAUGGGAAGUUAACAAAGUCUGUCUUAUAUGUAGCUCCCUGGAAUAAGCUGCUUUUUCGUGAAGCAGUACUUGCUGGCAGCCUCCUGCACCAAAAGCUUGGUGAAGCUGAUGUAUCAGACUUGCCUAGGUAAAGGAAUGAAACAAGAACCAAAAACAUCCCAUGAUUCAUGGGAUCCCUACGUGUGUUAACUGUGGGGCAUUUUUUAGAAGUACAUCCACAGUAGCUGUGGGGGAUUGGAUUUGCAAAACUUACAGUGAAGUAUCUCAAAACAAGUCUGAGUGUGUGAAAAGGAAACAUAUUCAACAUUGUAUUCAUUUUCUUUUGGUAAUUUUUAAACGGGUCAUUCCCUCUUGGUUGAAUGAGUUUAAGGCUUUUGGAAAGUCUUAGGGGGGCAGCUAUGAAAACUGGGUUUUUUUCCUCAGACCGGGUAUAGAGUGGGCAAUGUUGGUAUAUAUUCCCCUUUAUAUUUUGUUAAUGGGUCAUGGUGAGCUGGAAAUGGUUAUGUUAAGGAGUGUGGAUUGAUUAAGCCUCUUUUCUCUCUACCCUUUCUUUUUCCAUGCCCAUUUCUCUUCCAUCAUCUUUGGUGUCUCUGCUGAGGGAAUUUAUUUUUUCUUCUGGAUUGUAAUGAAAAAUUUUUCAGACCCCAUUGUAGACUUUGUCUUACACCACUCUAAACGCAAGAAAUACUUAAACCAACACAGGCAUUAAAUCAUACAAUCAUGGGCAUAGAAUACACCUCUUACAAAACGUCUGGUGAAUUUGUUGCCACAGAUCCAAGAACAUGAAGUGCUGCAUACCCUUGGCUCCCUUUGGCACUGCAGAUUUAGGUGGGGGCAAAGAAUUAGUGCUUCGCAGAACUGGACUCAUCUACUCCCAAAUUUGCCAGAAAAUGUGUUCUCUGCCCUGAGUGCCUCAGACCUCUGUUGCUGUAACAUCACUGCGAUGUUCUCAUUACCUUUAUUCUUGUUUUAAUUAUGCAGUAAAGAGACCUGAAACGAUGCACAGAGAGUGCGUGUGCGUGCGUAUGCGUGUGUGUGUGUGUAUAGAGAUUUUUAGCAAAACCGACUGUAGUACUUGAGUGGGAUUACCUGUGCUGAAUGGGCUGUGUUGAGGAGAUGCCUGUCCUGGAGGUUUGCCCACCAUAUCCUUCACUUGAAUGGUUACAAUGGUCUUGCCUUUUCUAUGUGUGAGUGUGUAUGAUGCGGGGGGUGGGGGGCUUCAUUUUUGGUCUAUAAAAUAAAAGUUGCAGCUGCUUUUAACAGAAAUAACCUUUUAUUGGUCUUGUAAUCCAAACCCAGACAUAGAAUCUUCAAUUACAUCCAGGUUUACUUGCAGUAGUGCAAGCCCCAGUGGUAGAUGCAUGCACCCAGUUAAACCCACCCAUGUGCCAUUUAGAUACCUCUUCAUUGUUGCACUGAUACAACCAAAUUUAGCACAUUUUUAAUGCAGGUAAUCUAUGAUGCCGUGCAUUUCUGCCUACAAAUUGAAAUCACAGCAUAACUGCUUAGAGUGAGUUCAUACUACUGCAGUAUUUCUAAAUGAGUGGAAAGCUUAGUUAGCAUCUACACCAGAUCUUUCAACAUGAGUGAGCACAUCAGCCUUGAGAACAAAACUUAUAAAAAUAUUGAGAAAAGCUAUUUUUUCACCUAUCUAGCUGUGUCUUUGCUUGAACUUGAUGUACUAAACUUGUGCUGACUGGAUUGUGGAAAUUAACUAUUUUUGAUUUUUACAUAAGUUGUUGUCCACUUAAAUAAAAGAUCCCAACUUAAAUCUACUUUUUAAUGAUAGUUUUAGCAAUUGUAUACACUUUUACCAAAAACACAAUCCUGCAAUUAAUUCCAAAUCAAUCUCUUAAUGUAUUUUCCCUUUACUGUUGUGUAAGUCCGUGUGGAAAUUCUUCAUGCUAUUUCUUCAGCUUGAAUAUUAAAGGAAAGAAGGUUUGGUAGAUAAUGCUGAGUAAGAGUUACAGCAGGAGGAGAGUGGCCAGCCUGCAUGUUUUAUAUGACAGCCAGCAGAGUACAUGCACAUUUCAUGCACAGUGAUUUGGUGGAAAAUUUUUGUCCACUGAAGUUCUUACCAUUGUCAGGAUGGUGCAGUUCAAUACAGCACCUUCAUCGCCAAAAAUCAGGUAGAAGCUCUCAUUUUUUGAGUCCCUUUAUUUGCUGAACAGCUUCAAAAAACCCUAUUUCAAACAUGCUCCAUUCAAUCGAAAGCUUUGCAGGACAAAGUAGUGGCUGGGUCAUCAAUUCCUGAGCCUGGAAAGAAGCUGCAAGUCUUUGACCCAAGUGCUCUGGUAUCACUACAUUUCUUUGUUGUUGGUAUUACAGACUGGCUUCCUGCAAACACUCUGAGAUGCAGAGUCUCUGAAGUAAUAAGGUAAUGCAGAAAAGAUUGUGUGGUCUUGAUCUAGUCUGUGCAGCAUAGAGGAACAGCUGUUCCAGUGGAAGUAUUUCAAAUCUGUCAGAUCCAGCUGGGGGGUGGUUUGCCAGGUUAGCUAGUAUUGUAUCGAUACCAUCUUGUAAUUAUGGAGUACUCUCAUUGGAACAGCUUAACGGCAAGUUUUCUACUGGAUUUUCUGAUGUUCAGCCAGCCAUCCUGGAGCUACAAGGUACUGAGAAUCACUUGGUUGCUGGGCUAAAGGGCUCACUUUCUUGGUACACAUUCAGUUUUUAUUUCCUCCUAAUGCUCAAAAUUGAAUUUUUAACACAUUCACAUUUAUUCUUUACUGUCGGAAAUGACAUAGAAAUGCAGUACCUCCGUUAUUUUCAGAAUGCUCUGGGAGAUAUUUUUUAAUGAGAGAUGGAAAAGAUGUAAUUGUCCCAGUUGUAUAGCAGUGGCUUAGAGUAAUUGGUGGUGGUGAGAGGGAAUAUCUUUAAUAAGAUUACUGUUUGCAUUCACUAUUUUCUGUUAGAAGUUGUUUUGACCAGGGUUCUUUGAAACAUGAAACUUCUCACCUAA